AUGGGUUUGGCGAGCGGUGCGCGUGAUGCUGUGCUGAAGGCCGGUCUCUUAUCUCAGCAGGACUCCCCACAGAUGAGCAGAAUGUCAGGGUGUGAGGUCGAAAGUGAGCUACCUCAGAGGCGUCAUGCCAUCAAGGAGCAGAAAAAUGGGGAGCUGACAGAGGUGCUGCUGGAUGAGAGGAAGCAGAGAGACAGGGAGGAGCGGGAAUCCUUGGUGUUGUGGAAGAAACCCCUGCUCACCCUCCACUUCUUCUUAUUGGAACUGCUUAUUACCCUUAGAGGCUGGAUUAGGAGACUCUGGCAGCAAAGACGGACUGUGGUUGGCUUCCUGAUCCUUCUCAUCCUCUUCGUAAUUGCAUAUCGUAUUGAAGGAGCGCACCAGAAGUAUGUACGCUACAUGGAGAAGAAGACACUGUGGUGUGCCUACUGGGUUGGCCUGGGUAUCCUCUCCUCUGUGGGUCUUGGCACUGGCCUGCACACCUUCCUCCUUUACCUGGGACCACACAUAGCAUCGGUGACCCUGGCAGCCUAUGAAUGUGGCUCUGUGGAUUUCCCUGAGCCUCCCUAUCCGGACCAGAUAGUCUGUCCCCAACGGGAAGCUCCACCAUCAGGCUCUGAGGCGGAGCAGGUGGGCGUGGAGAAUGUGGGGGCAGACAGGGUGAUGGGGACAGCAGCUCUCCAGGGAGGCAUCUCCCUCUGGACCAUCGUCUCAAAGGUUCGCCUGGAAGCUUGUAUGUGGGGUGCUGGCACAGCUAUAGGAGAGCUUCCCCCCUACUUCAUGGCACGAGCAGCUCGACUGUCGGGCUCUGAACCGGAUGAUGAAGAUUAUCAGAAAUUUGAAGAAAUGCUGGAUCAGACUGAGUCUGCACAGGACUUUGCAUCACGGGCCAAACUAUCCGUGCAGAAACUCAUCCAGAGGGUUGGAUUCUUUGGGAUUUUAGCCUGUGCCUCUAUUCCAAACCCCCUUUUUGACCUGGCUGGAAUAACAUGUGGACAUUUUCUUGUCCCGUUCUGGACUUUUUUCGGUGCCACGCUCAUUGGGAAGGCAGUAAUCAAGAUGCAUAUUCAGAAACUGUUUGUGAUCAUCACCUUCAGCAGGCACAUCGUGGAGCAGAUGGUGUCCCUUAUUGGAGCAGUUCCACUGCUGGGUGCGGCACUGCAGAAGCCCUUCAGGGAGUACUUGGAGGCCCAGAAGGCCAAGCUGCACCAUGUCGCCGGAGAGGGGAUCCCAACUGAGGAGAGCUGGCUUUCGUGGCUCUUCGAGAAGGUUGUGGUCAUCAUGGUAUGCUUCUUUGUCUGUUCCAUUGUCAACUCCAUGGCGCAGAGCUACGCCAAGCGCAAGCAGCAAGAGAAGCACUCUGAGAGCAAGACAGAGUGA